UCGAAGAGGGGGAGUGUAAAAAUCAGUAAAUUUUUCUCUAACCCAAUAUAAAGAAGACACGUGUAAACUUCACGAUCAAUCCCGAUUCUAGACUUCUCUCUUUCAUUGUCACUCCAUCUACAAAUGAACCACACACACAAAAAUCCCAAAACAAAGUCAUUUCUCUUGAUUUCAGCUAAAGCUUCAGCUUCAGCUUCAACCACUUUCUCUCUCCUAGGGUUAAACCAUCAAUGGCUUCGAGUAGAAAAAUCUUGCUCAAAAGUUCAGAUGGAGAGACUUUUGAAGUGGACGAAGUAGUUGCUCUGGAAUCGCAAACGAUUAAGCAUAUGGUUGAAGAUGAUUGUGCUGAUAAUGUUAUUCCUUUGCCUAAUGUUACUAGCAAAAUCCUUGCCAAAGUUAUUGAGUAUUGUAAGAAACAUGUUGAUUCUCCUAAAUCGUCGGAAAAUAAUGAUCGUCAAGUUGAUGAUGAGCUUAAGACUUGGGAUGCUGAUUUCGUCAAAGUUGAUCAGGCUACUCUCUUCGAUCUUAUCCUUGCUGCCAACUACCUGAAUAUUAAGAGCUUGCUGGACUUAACUUGCCAAACUGUGGCUGACAUGAUCAAGGGCAAGACACCAGAGGAGAUAAGAAAGACAUUCAACAUCAAGAAUGACUUCACUCCAGAGGAAGAGGAGGAAGUUCGCAGGGAGAACCAGUGGGCCUUUGAAUAAUAUCCAAUCUGUAGAAGAAAAUAAAGAAUCUAAUUGAUUUAUUUGGGAAUGGAAGCGAGUGUAUUUUAGCUCUUCUUGAACAUGAUGAUGGUGUUGUUUCUUGUAGUAAUAUUUAUCCUAAGUCUUGUUGAAUAUUAGAUUCUUUAACUAUUCUGUCUUGGGUUACUUCUUCAAUGGUGGGACGAGGAUGGAGUUGUAGAUAUUAUUAGUACCAUUUUCAGAGGGUGACUGUUGGUGGGUGCUAGCUACAAUGCUGGGUUCCUCAUCUCAUCUUCCAUCUUGUGUUCCUUGUAAUUUAUAUGCAAAUCACUCGUUUUUUGAAUAAGCUUAUCUUUGUACUUUAUCUAAUCGUUAUUACUCGUGAAUUUUAUUCUUAAAGAAGUAUUUUUCGUUUGA